UGCAAACCGCCAAUAAACACGGAAGAAGAAGAAGGUUUCACAUGCUUUCUCACAUCUGUCCGGUUUUUUUAAGGUGUAGUCCUAGUCCUAAAUUCUUGCUGCAAAAGAAAUCGCACAUCGUUAAAACCCAGAGUAGACUCAUUUUCAAGCAAAAUCGUUGCUUAGUAAAAAUGUCUUCUGUUAAAAUUGGUACACACAACGGUACUUUUCACUGUGAUGAGGUUUUAGCAUGCUAUAUGCUACGUCAGCUACCAGAGUACAAGGAUGCUGAAAUAAUUCGGACACGUGACCCAGUAGAAUUGGCCAAGUGUGAUGUUGUGGUCGAUGUGGGCGGAGUCUAUGAUCCCAAACAACACCGUUACGACCAUCAUCAGAGGUCCUUUAAGGAGACCUUCAAAAGCCUAUGCCCAGAGAAGCCAUGGGUAACCAAGUUGAGCUCAGCAGGGUUGGUCUAUCUUCACUUUGGUCAUCGAAUCCUUUCUCACCUUACACAGUUAGCAGAGGGAACCAGCCAGCUGGAGACCCUCCAUGAUAAGAUGUAUGAGAACUUUGUGGAGGAAGUAGAUGCUGUGGAUAAUGGAAUUUCUCAGUAUGAUGGCGAGGCACGUUAUAUUGUCAACACCACUCUUAGUACUCGAGUCAGUCAUCUUAACCCAUGCUGGAACAGUGAUUGCCAGGACACAGAGGAGGGUUUUAACAAAGCCAUUGCCCUGGUGGGAGCAGAAUUCUUAGACCGGUUGCAGUACUAUCAAAAUGCAUGGAUCCCAGCACGAGUGAUAGUGGAGGCUGCUAUUCAGACAAGGCAUCAGGUGGAUGCUAGUGGAGAGAUUGUUUUGUUGGAUCAAGGUGGAUGCCCUUGGAAAGAACAUCUCUUCUUGCUGGAGAAAGAACUUAAACUGGAUAUCCCAAUCAAGUUUGUGCUCUACCCAGACCAAAAUGGGCAGUGGAGAGUCCAGUGUGUACCAGCAGGACAUAAUACCUUCAACAACAGGCUGUCACUGCCGGAAGAAUGGCGUGGGCUUAGGGACAAUGCCUUGUCCCAGUUCAGUGGAAUCCCUGAUUGUGUCUUUGUUCAUGCCAGUGGCUUCAUUGGAGGAAACAAAACCAAGGAAGGAGCUCUUGAAAUGGCUAGAAGAACCUUGCAAGCUUCUUACAAAGCAGAGAACAAAGCAAGUGGUUGAUAAGGCAACUUUGUUUUAUUGCAUAGUCUCACCUCUGCAAGUUUAUCCUUAAAUUUUCUAAAAAUGAAAUGUUGUCUUAGUCUGCAUUUACAUUGUUUGUUCAAAUCAACUCAAAAAUAAAAUUUAAAUAAUCACUGAAA